AUGACCACUCGAUCCGCGUGCUGGACACGGGCCUCCGAUCUGACCGGGACACCGGGGAGAGGCCGCAGGCCGGUAGAAGUCAGGAGGGGAAGGGGAAGGUACAGGAGGCACUCGAUGAACCACGCGGGCGGUGUCCAGACAGGGUGCCGCGGGUUGCCCCUCGGGGCACAGUACAGGAGUGCUACGCGCAAGCUGGUCGACUUUAACUUCAAGCCGCGGUGUUUUGCGGAGUGUGGUGGGUUGACCGCAUGCGGUGGGCUCGUUGGGUCUGACGACAGCGGGUUCCCGACGAACUGGAACCGGUUGAGCAGGGAGCAGGAGUUGCGCACGGGGGAACCCCUGCCGCCGCCGUCGCAGCCUGUCAGGUCGCGUCCAGCGGCGUGCUCAUGGACAACAGCAACUAUUCGAACUCCAGCAUUUGGAAGGGUAUCCUGUCCAUUUACAACGAGAGCACGCAGUUCAAGACGACAGUUGUGCUGGGCCAGUUCAUCAACAACUGCGUCUCACUCUCCGAAAGGUCUCAAAACAACUUCAACUUGUACACCUGCAAUAACGACAGUCACAUCUAUCAGUGUGAUAUCAGCAACAGGGACUCCAGCUCGUGAACGGUACUCGGACCUCAAGUUUCCCCUGAACAACGCGGCGUUAUCGCACGACGGGAAGACGAUGCUCGUCUCGGGGGACUCGAACAAGUUUGCACUGUAUAGGCAAAACGAACUCGUCAACCAGUUCACACUCAACUACGACAGCAACAUCCCGGGCGUUAACUGGGGAGGUAAGUUCGCGGGCGGUAGGGUCACAAGACACACUAGGUUCAAUCUCCCAGACCCAUCGGAAUCCAUCGACCAGAACAUAUACGUCACAAGGAACGGCGACCACGGGUUCUACAAUAGCUUCUCAGAGAACGACUCGCAGUUCGCCACUCUGUUCCAAAACGGCGUGUGUCUGCUUUACGAUAUCAGGAACACUGCGGCUCCACUCACAGAGAUCACUUCAACAAGACCUCACUCGCACAACGGUGCAUUCAGGGUCUGCAGGUUCAGCUACGGGCUCGAUGACCUCUUGUUCGUCUCAGAACACCAGGGGAGGGUCCACGUGGUAGACACAAGGAACUUCGUCAACCACCAGGUGAUCAUGAUUCCAGACACCCUCGAAUCCGCCUCCUCGCAACCGUCAACGGAAAACUUCGACAGAAUGAUGGCUUCGCAAAUGGACGCGAACGUCAACCCAAGAUCGCGUGACUCGUCGUCCACCUCACUAAGCAGGAGGAGGGCUUCAGCACCGGCAGACACGGUCGAACCAUGGAUCACUCCGGCGCUUUCGAUCCCCUUGAAGUACCUCCAGCCAGAUAUUGUCCCCUUCCCGAGAGUUGUCGAUAGGAUUCACUCAGAUUUCGGGGACAGAUACCGCCCAACAUCCCGCGGCGGGUCCCGCGGUGGAUCUAGCAGGUCGCUUUCCUCAGCGAACAGGUGGGACACAAACUACGAUUUUAGUAUGCCCGCGCCACAGCAGGACACUUCAACCCGCGACAGGUCCGGCUUCAACGUCAGAAGAGUCUCUACGUCCUCUGCGGAGAAACCGCAGGAUCAGUCUCUAUUGGCGCAGCACCAACGAUUGAUUGCGAGUCCUGAGGGUAACCCAGCGGAUGAUUCACCAAUGGUACCCUUCGAUGGCAUUUCAGACUCGAGACCAUUUUUCUCAAGAAGAUCAAACUACCUCUACGGACAUGACGAUACCAUCCUUGACCCGCUAUCCCAGCGCCAUCUGCACCCUUACGGGAGUGACUUCCGCUAUCAAUCGCGCGGCAACCAAAGAACGGGCACUGACUUCUCGGAAUCCGAUUUCGUCGACGAAAACAACAUCUCCGGGAUUGAUUGGGUCGAGGACGCCAACGGCGACUCCCUCGUCAUCGGCACUGACUACGGUAUCUUCAAAUGGAACGUCAACUCCUGGGCAAGAAGAAGCUUCUCUAGUUACGAUUUUUGCUAG